AUGUAUUGGACCAACCGAGGAUGGAAUCUAAAAUUGGCUUUACUUUUCUUCACUACCGUUCAAGUUACAGCAAAUAAUUCGACGUCGGUAUCAUCUAAUUCUCCUAUCGUAACAGCUUCGACCAUAGCUCUUGCUGUUGUGGUGGUUUUCGCCUUGUUGGGAAAUACCCUCGUUUGCUUUGCAUUCUAUCACUCGACCAACCUCAGAUGUGUUACAAACAUAUUCAUUGUGUCAUUAGCCAUCACAGACAUGCUUGUGGCUUCCGUUUCAAUUCCGAUCUGGCUUGUUAUUCAGAACACGGAUUGUAUCAAAACAACGCAGGCCUGCGAUCCGAUUCUCAUCUCGUUUUGGAGGUGCUUGGACAUCCUGUUUUCCACCGCUUCGAUCAUGAACUUGUGCGCCAUAAGCUGUGAUAGGUACAUAGCUAUCACUUCACCUCUAAGGUAUUCACAGAUCCUCACCAAAACCCGCGCGAUCAUCGCCUUGAUUGGCCUGUGGUCAUAUUCAGCAAUCAUUGCUGCUAUCAACAUACACGGCGGGAUUUACUACCCUGUACUGGUGUUUGUGGUGUCUUUCCUUCUUCCUCUCUCCAUAAUGGUAUAUUCCUACUCACGCAUAUUUCUUGCUGCCCUUCGCCAAGCGCGCCGAAUCCAACCUCUCCGGCAAGCGUUCUAUUUCAAGCGGGAGAUCAAGGCGGCAAAAACGCUGGCGAUUGUCAUGGGUGCGUUUAUAGUCUGUUGGGCGCCGUUUUUCAUCAUGAAUAUCUUGGUUACGUUUUUAAAGUUUUAUGCCCCGCUGGUAGCGACUUUCGCAAUCAAACUGCUUCAUUAUGGAAACUCCGCUCUAAAUCCUGUCAUUUACGCAAGCUCCAAUCGAGAUUUUCGACACAAAAUUUUGCGAGUCCUCCCUUGCAAAUGCGGGCAAAUUCAAAGCAAUCUAAGCGAAGCUGUGGUCCAAUUCUGGAGCACGAGUUUCCGAAGUACGUUCGGUGCAAGUUCUACAUUUCGAAACGAAAGUGCAAUGGAAAGAAAUAAUAACAUUGACGACGAAAUCACUGGUCGAACGAAAACAAAAGUUGAAAACGGUUUUUGCGAAAGACCAACUCAAUAG